GUUCCCAGACUAGCCUACUCCGAGGCGAUCAUCAGGCGGAUGCAUAGAAUUGGCAUAUUUGUGGCUGGUCUCUGCAGAAAUUCGGGGUGCACCAUGAGCACUUGCAGCCGCCACUAACGGGCCAUGGCCGCCGCCGUCCCCAGAGCUGGGGCUCGGCCCCUCGAGGUGCCCCGCGCCCUUCAGGAAGGCGACAAGUUUGUGCGCUGGGAUGAGGAUUCUGGAGUUGGGUGUCCUGUGACCCUGAGGGUAGAUCCCAAUGGUUUUUAUCUGUAUUGGACGGAUCAGAAUAACGAGGUUGACAUGAUUGAUUUGGUCACCGUCAGGGACACCAGAAAUGGGAAAAACGCUAAAAUACCAAAGGACCCGAAGUUAAGACAGGUGGUUUGCAUGGGGUCCCAGGAGCCCCUUGAGGACAAGACAUUGACGGUCUGCUAUGGAUCUGAUUUCGUCAACCCCAACUUUGUCAACUUCUGCUGCUCAAACAAAGAGACAGCUGAGAUGUGGGCCAAUGAAGUGGUGCGACUGGCUUACAACUUGGUGCAACUCAAUGGGCCCACUUCGAUGUUUUUACUAAAAGCACAUACAAAGCUCACACUCAUGGCUGACAAAGCUGGCAAGAUACUUGUAAAAAACAUUUUAAAGACAUUUGCCCAGAACAAAGAAGACAGAAAGAGAGUGGAGAAAGCGUUGGAGGCAUCUGGUUUACUCUCAGGAAAAAAUGAUAUUGUUUCCGUUUCAAAAUUUCAAUACGAAGACUUUUUUACACUAUAUAAGAACCUUACCCAGAGAACAGAGCUGGAACCUAUCUUUGACUCGCUUUGUUGCGGCUCAAAGCGCAAAUUGAUGACUGCUGAACAGUUUGUGGAGUUCUUGAACAAAUCUCAACGAGACCCACGGCUCAAUGAAAUCUUGUACCCAUAUGCCAACGUGGAGCGAGCCAAAGAUCUCAUCAAUCAACAUGAACCAAACAAAAGCAACGCCCAGAGAGGUGUUUUGAGUCAGGACGGUUUCCUGCGAUAUUUGCUGAGUGAAGACAACCCUAUUGUUUCGUCUGCCAAGGCCUAUCAGUUGGAUGACAUGGACCACCCCCUGCCUCAUUACUUCAUCAACUCUUCUCACAACACUUACCUCACAGGCCAUCAACUGACGGGAAAAUCUUCAGUCGAAAUCUAUAGGCAGUGCCUGCUGGCAGGCUGUCGAUGUGUAGAGCUCGACUUCUGGAAUGGCCGCACAGAGGAGCCAGUGAUUGUGCACGGCUACACUUUUGUACCUGAGAUCUCUGCAAAGGAAGUGAUUGAAGCCAUUGCAGAGACUGCUUUCAAGACUUCCGACUACCCUGUGAUUCUAUCUUUUGAAAACCACUGCAAUACCCGCCAACAAGCUAAAAUUGCCCAGUACUGCCGCGAGUUCUUUGGGGACAUGCUUCUAGAACUGCCCCUGGAUUCUUUUAAGUUAGAACCUGGCAGUGCUCUUCCACCACCUGCUGCUCUACGUCGUAAAAUCAUAAUAAAAAACAAGAAAAAGCAUCAUAAGAAGGGCCAUGCUGCUCCAAGCGGUCUCGCUGCAGCUGCUGUUGCGUCAGCACUACCUGUCACUCAGCACGGGAACGGUGAAGUUCCAUCUUUGCUAAAAGACAACAGCCGAGACAGUCGCGAGGAUGAAGAUCCCAAUGACGACGAAGACGAGAGCAGCUCAGAGGAAGAAGAGGAAGUUGAAAAAUCUGCAAAUAAAGUGCCAGAUGAAAAGUCAACCCGUGAAACAGAGGCAGGCGAAGAGCUCUCUGCCCUGGUCAACUAUGUGCAGCCAGUGCAUUUCACUUCCUUUGAAAAUGCUGAAAAAAAAAAGCGGAGCUAUGAAAUGAGUUCCUUUGACGAGAAGCAGGCCACAACCCUGCUAAAAGAACGCCCCAUUGAAUUUGUCAACUACAAUAAGUACCAGCUGAGCAGGGUAUACCCCGCGGGCACCAGGUUUGACUCGUCCAACUUCAUGCCCCAAGUGUUCUGGAACGCUGGCUGCCAGCUGGUGGCUUUGAACUACCAGAACCUAGAUUUGGCAAUGCAGUUAAAUCUCGGCAUCUUUGAGUACAACCAGCGGUGUGGCUACCUUUUGAAACCAGAGUACAUGCGCCGCCGAGACCGGAGGUUUGAUCCUUUUGCCGAGUCUACAGUAGAUGGCAUAAUUGCCGGCACUGUUUCAGUACAGGUCAUAUCUGGUCAAUUUCUGACUGAAAAAAGAGUUGGAACUUACAUUGAGGUGGAUAUGUUUGGUUUACCAGCCGACACUGUGCGAAAAAGGUUCAAAACCAAGAUAGUGGCAGCUAAUGGAAUCAAUCCAUGUUAUGAUGAAGAGCCGUUUGUGUUCAAAAAGGUGGUUCUACCAGAGCUAGCAACUAUAAGAUUGGCUGCAUACGAAGAAUCUGGCAGGAUUAUAGGCCAUCGAGUGAUACCCGUUCUUGGUCUUUGCCCAGGAUACCGCCAAGUUGGCCUCCGAAAUGAAUUUGGCCAGCCAUUGGGGCUGUCUUCGGUUUUUGUUCAUGUUGUUGUUAAAGAUUAUGUACCAGAUGGGUUAUCAGACUUUGCAGAGGCUUUGGCAAAUCCAAUAAAGUAUCAGUCUGAACUGGAAAAACGUGCUCAACAGCUAAGCGUUCUAACAGAUGACUUGGAGGACAUUCAAGAGGUGUUAGAUGAAACUGCCAGCAAAGAGAGCAUGCCAACUAAAGCAAGACGUUCUCAACUUCAUUCCACAACAUCUUCUGAAUUGCCUUCAAUUGGUGCAGCAGGAACAGGAACGUUGCCUCGCGCGUCUGUUCAGAUUAACCAGACAGAGCCUAAUCAGGUGGAAGAGGCGGAAUCUGUGGAAUCGUUGUCAGAGGGCAGUCCAGCUGCCAAAGGCAGCCCAGGGCCUGCAAUUCAUCCAAUAUCUGCAUCAGCCAUUGCUGAAAUUUCCGCUGAGACAUUUGAGCAGCUGCUCGAAAAUAAAGUUGUGAAAGAGAAGAAAUUAGAGCUAGAAAAGAAGUUGGAAAGUCUCCGCAAAAAGCAAGAAAAAGAAAAGGCAAGGUUUGGAGGGCACAAAACUGCUCCGGAAGUUGAUAAAUCCAAGGGAAAAUUCUACAUGAGCCACAAACUAGUCAAAAGACUUUCAAGCAAGAACAUUGAGGUGGAAGAGCCAACUGAGACUGAUCCGGAGUCAAGAGCUAAAAACUUGGCCCGUGAGCAUCUCGCCUUGGAAAAAGAUCUGCAAGAAAAAUAUAAUGAGGCGGUCUUCUCUACCCUGGAAAAAGUCAUGAAGACAUCGCAGGCAGCGCAGCUGAAAUUGUUAGCUUCGCUGGUGGAAAGAGAAACUGCGGAAGUAAUGAAAAAGCUUGAAAGUGUGCGUAGAGAUGAGGUCAAGGCGCUGGCAAAAAUUCACAAAGACAAGGAUGAAUUGGUACGAAUCAAAAGAGAAGUCGCUAGCAGCAUUGUCGAAAAAGGUGUCUCUGAACGGGUGCGCCUCAAAGAGGCUUAUCGCAAAAGACAAGAGGACCUUGAGAGGCAACAUGCAGAAGUCAGAGCUCGUCUUGAAGAAGAGCGGUUAAAGAGCAAGACGGCUCUAGCCAGGGAAUACGAUGGUCGCCUGGCCCUGAUCAGUGAAGAAGGUGGGUCUGGCACCUGAGACAUACGUCAAAGUAGUUAUAGACAAUCAUGGAUCACUACUCUAGCAUUCCCUCGGCCUACAUUCCUUCUCGGCCUAUCCUUUUGUGUGUUCUCACUGGGUUGAACCCUUGAAUGUGAUAAUAUCAUGUGGUAGUAAUAAGUAAUGAAUGUCAUUAUUCAUCAGUGUUACCGACUUAAAUUAAUAAAGACAUCUGAGGCAAUACCCCAAUUAAGGA